GAAAAACCCCACAUUUUGGUGUAUGAAAAGUGAAAAGUUAUGUGAGUGCGUCUGUGAGUUGUGUGUGUGCGAGGAAAUGUUUUGCAAAUCGAAUUCUAAGCGAAAGUGAAAUUUUGUUUUCUGGCGAAAAUCAUCAAAAUAGAGAAAGAAAAAGAAAAACAAACGCUGUAAAAAAACAGGCGAAUUCCUUUUGCUCGAAAAUCAAUGAAAGUGAAAGCGAAAAUCUGUAAAAAGUGCGAAAGGAGAAAAAAUUCUGCUGCAGAAAUAAAAAUCAAAAAAAUUAAGAAAAUACGUAUAAAAAUUGUGCUGUAAAGUUGGUGUAAUCGAAAAUGUUGUAAAGGAUAUUUUAAUGUAAGAAUGUGGAAUUCAGCUAAGCCAUAAGCAAAGUAAAGUUUCAUGUGCCGUGAAAAAAAAAAAACACAGACCGCAACACUGAACAACGGUGGCACUGGGAAAGUGGCAAACAUAAUUUAUGCUAUAAAAAGUAAGGUUAAGCUUAAUUCCCCUUAAAAAUAAUAAUUAUCCGAUCCGUGGCCAUACAAAUAAAAAUAUUAUCAGGCAUGACCUUUUUGUGCAAACUUGGUUUAUUGACAACAAUAAAAAAUGUCCAUUAAAAGGAGUGUGAAAAAAGUUUAAUAAAUAAUCCAAAGCUUAAUUAAAAUAAAACAAACUAUCACACAAAAGUAUCAAACAAACACACACACACACACCCACAUGCCCGCAGCAAUAUCAGAUUAAUUAAAAACAAUUCAUAAACAAGUCAACAAUAUCCUCCUCACUGCUAUUAUCCCUCGCAAGCCAGUCAUAGCUUGAGCCUACCAAUUACCAUUUCGUAAUAUAUGUGAAAUUAUAUUAUCUGCCUUGGUUGCUGGACCAAAUGAACAAAGAAAUGCAGAAGAGACGUGAAAGUCCAACCAACCACCGCUAAAGUCGAAAAAUAAUUAAAACCAUAAAUUUUAGAGUGAAUUUCAUUUGGUGUCAAAGUGUUGUGCAAGAAAAUUGUUUCAAGUGAAGUGACUUUAGGAGAAGGAACGUUUUGAAGCAACUCCAGAUAUUCCACUGCAGCCUUUUAUACCAACAAGAACCAAAAUCUGCUCAAAAACAAGAGUAUAAGGUAAGAGGAUUUUCUAAACUCACAGAAUUCAGAUAGGCAAUUACAGCACAUCGACAUUGUGGAUUUCUUCUUGACUCUGUUUCUUGUGAGUUUGAAUGAAAAUGACGAUAAAAUGGCGACAGAAAUAUAAAAACCGAGAAACCAUGAAACUGCCACAAACACAGCCACCAUCACCAUCAUCACUGCCACUGCUGACACUGACACAAAGACCAAACCGGUUGCAAGCAACAGAAUUUCUACCAAACUCCAAUGAUGAACGGGGGAAACUGGGAUCAGCGCCACCAAAAGUAACAACAAUUUGGACCACACCAAUACCAACACCAGCAGCAUCAUCUCCAUUUACUGCAGUCAGUGGUAGUGUACCAAUCAACAGCAAAGCUUUAAGCCAUAGUUGCAAAACUAACCAUCAUAGUGCCGACAGUUGCAACAAUUUCAACAAUUCUCUUCAAGUUGGUGGCAAUAGUGGUGGCGUUGGUUGCCAUGAAACCAAAAUGUGGCUGAUGACUGAUGAAAGCGGUAGUCAGAGACAGCAGCAGCAGUGCUGUGAUGAUAUUUUUAAGAAAUCCACGACUGAAAUGCACAGACCAGACACAUAUGCUUCCCAAAGUUCAAUGCUAAAUAAUCACUUCCUUGAUGUUAAGGUCAGAGAACUGCAGCAACAUCAACCACAUGAGUUGUUCCAAGAACUGCCAUUAAGACAAUGUGGCCCAGCUAACAUAGCACAUAGUGGCGGAAAAGCAAUAACAAUUCAAUGGCGCCACUCUGUCAAGUACUCCACCAACAGGAAUAGCAGCAGCAGCAGCAGUAGUUGUGACAAAAAUCCCAACACCAAUAGAGCCAAGGCAGUAAAAGACCGAUCCAGCAGCCACCUCACAACAACGUCAUCUCCAAAAACCCAAAUAAGGACCACAACUCAAACAUCAGCGCCAUCAGCAAUUACAACGACUAUUGACACUAAAUUAACGAGCUUGCAUGCUGAUGCCACCAAACCCUUGGCAUUCCAAGAGGCUGUCACAAGGCCCAACGUGACCAACAGUGGUGGCGGAUUGGCAGCAUCUACAACACAAAUGAAAUUUCAAGAUAUUUUGGCCAGCACCAUUAAGCAAUGUUGCCGCCACCAAGUGUCAGCAAUUUGUGUAACGUUAAUUUGUUUAUUCGCCUUUGCCACAACGGCAACGACAUCCACAAUUCUAAAUGCAUCUUCAUCAUCAGCGGCAGCGACAUCAUCAUCAUCAUCGUUGCCUGUACAAAAUUCAAUGUCGGGUGCAAUGCAUGACAAUAUCUCAUACCCACUGUCAUCGGGACCUGUGACAGCAGCUGUAUUGUCUAGCGUCGCCUCCGCCUCCUCCUCCUCCUCAUCUUCCUCUGCCGCAAACGAACAUGAUUCACAAACUAUCAAAUCCUUGCCCAUGCUCGCCUCCACAAUACCUCAAUGCUCGCUCUCUCAAUUCAGCUGUUCAAAUGGCCGUUGUGUUCCUUUGAGUAAAUACUGCAAUAAUGCCAACGAUUGCGGAGAUGGCAGUGAUGAGCCACGAUUUUGUUCAAGAUGUAAUCGGACAUAUUAUGGUGACACUGGAUUGACAUACUCACUGGAAUUGCAUCGACCCAAACAGGAUCGUUUGCCCUACAUUUGCCAAUUGACAUUUACCGCAGCUGGAGGACAACAUGGUGAUGUGGUUCAGGUUACCUUGGAUAGCUUUACCAUUGGACGUUUCACUUCGUACACCCAGGAUGGUUGCCCAGAUGGUUAUAUGCAAAUAGCCGAGUCGGCGCGCACUCCCAUUGGCGGCAUGUGGUGUGGCACAUCAUGGGGUCCGGUGUUGUUUUACAGCGAGUCUCGUUCGUUGAUUUUUACAAUCAAACUAAAUAAAUUAGCACGUGAUCAAAGUGGCUAUAAUUUCGACUUUCGUAUACGUUACAAAAUGCUGUCCCGUGACAAUUCAGUCACUCGCUAUGGCGGAAUAAAAGUUGAAGAUCUCCAGCAGUGGCACAAUCGCAGUAGUUUCCUUCAGCAACAAAACAGUUUGGAGGACUUCACCAACUCGAGUGGCGCCCAUUCAGAUCGUUAUGGUCAGGAUUUCAGUUUAUUCAGCGCUUAUGCAAAUAAUAAAACAUUUAUGAACUCACUGAAUACGGAGAUGGCCAAAGACGAGCAGAAUUACACCGAACCCAAAUAUUACUUAGGUGAUUUAAUACCCGGCACCUACUGUUCGCGCAUCUUCAGCGACUGUGAUAAGAAGACAUGCCGUCUGCAGUCACCGAAUUAUCCCGGCAUCUAUCCAAGGAAUUUAACCUGCUAUUUUGCUGUAAGACAGCAUGAUGUGCCCCAUGGCAAGCAUGCGUUAAUUUUAGUUAAACAGCCAAAGGGUAAUUUGGUGUGGAUCUCAACACAGGAUACGAGUAGCUCAACUAAAAGCGCACCCAGCACAAACGAGAAGGAUAAAAAAUUUGAGCCGCGACUAAAAACAUGGUCGGAUUGUGAUAAAAUCCAGGAAAUAUCAAAUUACAAAGGAAAUUCGACGGACUACGUGACCGUCUAUGAUGGCUACACAACGCGUGAUCCAAUUAUGUUGAAAUUUUGUGGCGGUGGCCAGGCUGUACCGCAGGCAGUCUCCAGUGGUCCCGAGUUAUUAGUGGAGUUUACCACCUCACCCUAUGGCACAUUUACGGGUAGUUCAUCACAAGUUUUGCCAUUAUAUGGAUUUCAAUUGGAGGUUGAGGUCAUCUUUGUGGAUAUACAAUCACCCACCUAUUCGAAAAACAAAAAACCCUGUGAAUUUUGGAUAAGAGGUGCUGGGCGUGGUGUUUUAGAAAAUCCCAAACAUUCUUUGGCCCCCAACACCACCUGCCUUUAUCAUCUGCAAGGUGUGGGCAUUUUCAAGACCUUUGAUCAUUUGAGCCUUUCCAGACGCACCAAUGCCCAGGGCCUGCAUUCGCCCCCCUCACGCUUCAAGGUGUGGAUUUCAAUGCUAAAAUUCAAUUUGGACCCAGAGUUUGGUCAAAUGGAUGAAACAUCGGUGGGUGCCAUUGGUGUGUUGCAGACCCAAGAGGAUUGUAGCGGUAUGUUGCGUAUAUGGGAUGGCGCCAUGAGAGAGCCUCCCGUGUGCAAGGACUUGAAUUGCAUAACGGAAACAAAUUUGGUGCAUCCCUCCCUGCAACAGUAUGCCCAGAAUACCACCAAUGUUAUAGCACGCUAUUGCCGCGGCACCGUACCCCGAACAUGUGAUCGAGCAAAUAUCAAUGAAACCUAUGCCAGGCCCUGUACGGUUUCGGAGAGUUAUGUGUCCAGUGGUGAUUCCAUAACGCUUGAGCUCAAGAACACCGAAUCAACAGUUUUGAGGCCCCUGGAAUUCAAGUUGAAAUACGAAUUCAUUGAUCUACACCAGGAUGGCAUACCCAUGGGCGGCGGUGAGCUUGAUUGCAAUCGCAAAUUCGUCAGCAGCAUGAUGGACCGCAAGGACCCGGCCAUUUUUCGCAGUGUACCCAACAUAUUCCUCUUUGGUCGCGGUGGCACUCGAAACCUCAAGUGCAUUUACAAAUUCGAAGGAAUGCGGGGCGAAAGGGUGCGCAUCAAAUUACGCAAAGUGACCACAAUGAAUCGCCAUUGCAUGUCACGUGUGGACGAGGACAUAAAUAGGUCAUUCUGUUAUGGAGAUACCAGCGUCAAAGUAGAGAUAUUCGAACGACCGUAUCAUGACACAAUUUUAUUGCCGCGCGGCUGUCUUUGCAAUUCGUCGAACACAUCUCACUUGCCCGUCGAGUACACAUCCACCAGCCGCGAUGUGGAGGUACACUUUACCGCAUACAACAUGACCACUUUAGAUGAUCCGGAUGCUUUAAAUUUCGAGGGGAUGUUCGAGUUUGUUAAAGGACCCACCAAUUGUAAGGAUGGGCGGCGCAAAUUUGGUCCCAGUGGAACCAUCGAUAUGACAUUUGGAGAUAUGGAGUGUCGUACACGUCCUUGGCUUAUUGAACCAUCGAAUGGCAACAAGUUCCUUUACGUUCGCCUUAAAGCCAUCUUCUUGCGCAAAUAUAAUCCCAGAAAGGCUGCGAACACCAGCAUUGCUGUGACCAGCUCAUAUCGCUGCGAAACAAAUGCCCGAGCUGUGCUAACAACAUCUGAAGGUUUGACCAUCACAGCAUGCCCUCUAUCGCCGGACUCCAAGGCCUAUGAAUUUGUGGAGAUAUUCAGUGCUGGCUGGAAUGAGCGUCCCAAUUUUGCCAUUGCUAAUCGUUCCAAAGCCAUCAGUGUAGAGUUCCUAAGACCAGAAAAUGGUGAUUUCUCUUUUAAUUGGAUGGAAUUGAUACCUGGGCCAACAUUAAGUAUUGCAGAAGACUGUCAAUUCAAAUGUACCGAGCUGAAUGCCUGCGUGAAUGCAAGUGUCUGGUGUGACGGCAUACAACAUUGCCCUUCAGGUGAUGAUGAAACCUUCCUGCAAUGUUCGGCCAUAAUGAAGUUACCCACAGAGAUAUUGGCCACCCUGUGUCUGAUCAUAGUGCUCUUCUGUUGUGCAUUUGCAGCAUUUGCCUACAAAAAAAUCAAAAGAAAAUUUAGAGGCUCUUCAGUGCUGCAAACUCGUCUUAAGUCCCUUAGUUCCAUGGACACCGCUGUGUUGGAUGAAAAGGAGGUGAUUUGCUGACAAAGCGACAAUUCUGUGCGAUAUGUGGAAAUAGAUAGGGUCACUACAGUCUGACCACAUUCUACAACAGCCACCUGGAGAAAAUAUUGCACAGAAUUGUGUCCCUAUUUGCAGUAGACUGUUUGUUAAAAUGCUAACAAAAAAACAAAAAAAAAACAACAAACAAGCAACAACUAUGACUAUAUACUAACAUAUAUAAAUACACACACACACACACACAUACAUACAAACAAACAAACAAACAUACUAACUUAAUAUAAUAAUUGAAAAAACUAACUACAGAGACAUUACUACAAGAGCAUACGAAUUAAGAAAGAGAGGUAAUGGGAGAGAGCUGCAGAGACCACUCUCUAUCUCUCUCUCUCCCUUGGUCACUUGUUUUUAAGGCAACUGUUAAAAUGGAUAUUUUAAUUUUCCACUCGAUUAAGAACUCAAGUGAGACGAC